GAGGCGUUCAGUUCAACUUCUGUAGAAAAAUAAAGACAUAUUGAAAAACGACUGCCAUUGUCCCCUCGUCAUUUGGCUUCCAAUUCUCUCUCGCCGAGUACCUCCACACAGCCGCUACUCUGUCUCUCUCUCUAGGUUUCCUGUGCGUGUAAUCAUCUGUGAAAAUUUAUGAACUGAAGAUCAGUGGGCAUGUUGGGGGAGGAUGAUGGGUCUUCAGGUGGUGGUGGUUCGAGCGGGUUUUCUGGAGGCCGGAGAACCUUCUGGCGGUCAGCGUCGUGGUCUUCGUCCCGUUCCACACUGCCACCACUUAAUCCUGACAAUGAUAGAGACGGUGUGGAUGCAAAUGGGAAUAAUGGUGGACACGGCAGACGGUUUCCUGUUCCAUUAACCCCUAGAUCCCAACAGAAUUGUAAGGCUCGGUCGUGUUUGCCACCGCUGCAACCACUGGCUAUUGCUCGCCGGAGCUUGGAUGAAUGGCCAAAAGCAGGGCCUGAUGAUGUUGGGGAGUGGCCACUUCCUUGCACACCUCGUGGGAGAGAUUUGAGCAAGCAUGUGGAUAGAUUGAAACUCGAUUUGUCAACCAUUCAGAGUAACUUGGACAAUAAUGGUGGACUUGUGAAGAGAGAAAAGAUUGCAUUCUUUGAUAAAGAGUGUUCCAAGGUGGCAGAACACAUUUAUCUUGGCGGGGAUGCGGUGGCAAGAGAUAGGGUUAUACUCAAACAGAAUGGUAUUACCCAUAUUCUUAAUUGUGUGGGCUUUGUUUGUUCGGAAUAUUUCAAAGACGAUUUUGUAUACAGAACUUUGUGGUUGCAGGACAGUCCUUCCGAAGAUAUUACUAGCAUUUUAUAUGAUGUUUUUGACUACUUCGAAUAUGUCAGGGAACAGGGUGGUAGAGUUUUUGUUCAUUGUUGUCAAGGUGUCUCUCGGUCCACGUCAUUGGUGAUUGCUUAUCUUAUGUGGAGAGAAGGGCAAAGCUUCGACGAUGCAUUUCGGUAUGUGAAAGCUGCAAGAGGAAUUGCAGACCCAAACAUGGGUUUUGCAUGCCAGUUGUUACAGUGCCAGAAAAGGGUGCAUGCUUUCCCUCUGAGUCCCAGUUCGUUAUUGAGGAUGUAUAGAAUUGCCCCACACUCCUCGUAUGAUCCUCUGCAUCUUGUCCCGAAAAUGUUAAAUGAUCCUUCUCCAUCUGGCCUGGAUUCUAGAGGUGCCUUCAUCAUUCAUAUUCCUUCUGCAAUCUAUGUUUGGAUUGGUAAGAAAUGUGAAGCCAUCAUGGAAAGGGAUGCUAGAGGAGCUGUUUGCCAAAUUGUUAAGUAUGAGAGACUGCAGGCGCAGAUAGUAAUGAUUGAGGAAGGGGAAGAACCACCAUGCUUUUGGGAUGCCUUUUCCAAUCUCCUACCUUUGAUGGAUAAUUCUGGCAGUGAAGUGGAGAAUGUUGAAUUGUCUAGUAAGAUUUGCCCAGGUGAGAGAAAAGUGGAUUCAUAUAAUGUUGACUUUGAGGUUUUUCAAAAAGCAAUAAUGGGAGGUUUUGUGCCUCCAUUCCCAUCAUCUGAGACUGCGCAUGAAACCCACCUUCCUGCAAGAGAAGGCAUUUGGAGUGUGCUGAGGCGUAAGUUAGCUUCUGGAAAUAUGAAAGAAUUCGUCUCAGCUUCGAAGUUGUCUCUCUCCAGAGUCUACCCAGAUUCCAUGUUGAUAGUAGGUGCAGAUCAUUCUGCAAACAAAGCAUUACAUUCUUCUGCAAAUUUGUCAUCAUCAUCACCGUCGUCAAUGUCAUCAUCCUCAUCAUCAUUGUCUUUGUCUUCUUCACCUCCUUAUCUCUCUCCAGACUCUAUCUCUUCUGAUUUGAGCACCAGUUCAAAGUAUCUCUCGGAUUCCCCUGCGGUGUCUCCUUCAACCACUUCAUGCUCCCAAUCAUUAUCUUCUACUCUGUCUAGUUUUUCUAAUUUGACCCUUUUGCCAUCUAAAAUUUCUCCUCAGUCCAUAUCUAAAAAUUCUGAUUUCAUUGAUGUUAAUUUUACGAGGCAGCCUUGUUCUCAAUCACUCCACUCACCAUCUAAAAGAUUUCAACGUUCUAUUAUGGAGCGCAGAGGUAGCUUGUCAAAAUCUCUCAAGCUGCCAUUGCUGACUGAUGAUUCCAGGGAUAAGGAUGCCCCCUCAAGUUUUCCUGACAGUCAACAAGAUGGUUUGAGGAUAAAUAGAAAUACAUUUUUUUUGCAUGGGCCUCAAAAUACAAAGAAUAUGGUGGAGCCCAAGGGAGAUCAAGAAAAUAAGUUGCAGGGAUCAUCUGGUAGAGUAGAUAGUGUUUCAUGCGAUGAAGAAGCUGCUUGUGUCAAGAUUUCUGAUGAACCAUGGAUAAAUCAUUCUUCGGGAGGGAAUGUGUCAACUUUCUCCACUGGAAAAGUGGCCAGUGGCUCAUCAUGUUGCGAAGGAAUGCAACCACUAGUAUUUCGCUGGCCUAGUUUGGAAAAGGUUGUGAUGUCUUGUGCAGGUGUUUUGGAUUCCAAAGCUGCAUUUAUUCUCAGUUCUCCAAGUUCAGGUGUAGGCAAAAUUGAGGAUAGGAUUCUUUAUUUCUGGGUAGGGAAGUAUUUUGAUCAUGAUGAUAGCAAGAUUCGCUUAGUUAGCAACAAAAAAAUUGGUGAUUUAGAAGAGGUUGAUUGGAAUCAAGUUAGAUUUGAUGUUCUUACUAAAAUGGAUCUACCAGCGGACACUAACAUUAAGAUUGUUAAGGAAGAUGAAGAACCUGCAGAAUUCCUUGCAUUGUUGAGCUCUUGGCAACACUAGCACAAUAGAGUACAAAUUGAGGCUCACGUUUCUUCCCCAUUUCUUCAAUUUGCACAAUUCUCUGCAGCUUUGUCUGGCAAGAAUUCUCCUGGCAAAACCAUUAAGGAGGAUGCUCUCUCAAGUCUCGGUGGCAAUUCGCCUGGUUGUACAGUGCCCAUGACACACCUUGUAACCUCAAAGCCGUUUGGUCUGCUGACUGAACUUCUGUAUAUAUUUGCUAUGACUAGAAACAGAUUUCAGAAGGCCAUUCCAGGCAAAAUAGAUAGCAUUGAAAUUUCGGCAUUCUCGCAAAGUCUCUGUUCAUUUUCUUGUGUAUGUUUAACGCAUGGAAAUUAAUAUCCAGCUGCAGCUAAAAGGCUGUAUAACACAAGCCUGUGAAAUAAUAGGUGCAAAAUAUGGCCAAUUUUCCC